AUGCGAUUUUCUCCGGCGCUGAAGUCUUCGCCCCAUUCCCUCCCGAGCCCAGAUGGCAAUUAUGUCGCGACGGUCUUCGGAUCGGUGAUCAAUGUCCGGGCCGUUGCGGGAUUCGGUAUCAUCAACGUGGCCAAACUCGGCCAGGACUUUGCAGGCCCUGUUCUGAGCUUCCAAUGGUCGCCAUCAUCGCGUCUAUUACUUGUCGCCGACCGGGAGCGUAUCCGUGUCGUGUCUGCGCUGGACGACAGCUUCAGCGCGACCAUCCGGAAUUUUGUUACAGCAGGAACUAAACCGGCGUAUAUUGGCUUUGGGGCUUCGGACGUUGAAAUUUGCGUCAUAUCCUCAUUUGGACUCAAAUUCUCCGUCUUUGAUCUCACCACCUCCAAGGCGAUAGAGAUCGGCAGCCCCAAGGUCUUCUCUUCGUCGACCGCGUCGAAAUGCUUUUCAAUCCGACCCGAUACACGUCACCUCGCCCUUCUGACAAGGUCGUCGGGUAAGGACAUGGUGAGCAUACACAGCUACCCGUCGAGAGAGCUGCAAAGGUCAUGGGCACCCGACACCAUCGAUGCCCAAGCACUGGCAUGGAGCCCUGACGGCAGGUGGCUGGUAUUAUGGGACUCGCCGGCCCAUGGGCACAAAAUCUUCUUCUACACAUCCGACGGGCACGUUUUCAAGUCGUGGUCUGGGCCCGCCAACCCACUUCCCGAAGACCGAGAUUACGCCAUGGGGGCUGGCGCCCGGUCGGUCGAGUUUUCUGUAGACGCCCGUUAUCUCGCCGUUGGUGAUUUCAGCCGGUCCGUCUGCGUCCUGAGCAUGGCAUCUGUGACAGAGACAAUGAGGCUCCGACACCCCAAAACGCUCAUGCCUAAGGAUACCCUCCAGAUAUGGCAGGAACAAAUCACCGCCUCUCACACAGGGCCCGCCAUCCACACUUUUUUACGGACGGCACACGCCAUCUCGCCGGCACCCGCCCUAAGGGAUAAUUCGGAGCCGGUGUCCGGAUGCGCCUCUUUACUAUUCGACCCUUCUUCGGCCCUUGUCGCCACGAGGCAAGACGACUCCCCCAGCACCGUUUGGAUUUGGGACGUACAAGCCGCAGAGCUCCGGGCAGUCCUCCUCUUCAACGGGAAUGUGGCUGGGCUUUCGUGGCACCCGCGUAUCGCGGAAACCCUGCUUGUCAGGUGCGAGGGAGACCAAUACAAUGGUUUGAUCUUCGUCUGGGAUCCUCUCUCCGAAGGGCCCCGGUCUCUCGACUUUGCCCGGCACUUGCCCGGCGCUAAGGCAGGUGGGAAACUGCGCGUCCAAUGGCUUGGAGCUGAGACGUCAACCCGCCCUUCUGUUUUCUUCUCAGAUGCCCAAAAUUAUGUACUGGCCUGGCUUGGCGAAACGGACCAAGGUCCGCCGCCGUGGGGGGACUACGGACCAUCUCGGCGUCACUCAUUCUCAGAGGAGUGUAAAGAACGCGACGAGUCACCCCUAGACUUAGUACCGGCUUCAAGGACUAAACCUGAGGUACCAGACCUCGACGAGGACGACGACUACAGCGAGAUGGAGGAUACAUUUGUGUUCAAGCGGUAG